AUGCGACAUUAUCACACCCCUUCAAAUCACGAGAAAACUAAAAUACCCUUUGAGAGAACAUCAGAAACACAGGCAAGCACAUUAGAACAUCUUGAAGAGUCACCCCAAAUGCAAGAUCCUCGUAGAAAUAAAUCCGCAUAUGAAAUAAAACAAGAAAACUCUCCUCAGCCGUCUCGAAAAAGUUUUAAAAUAAGAUCUGUUGUAAAACCAAAUGAAUUUUUGAACAUUUCCCAGAGUUUGGACAUGGAAGAUCUUUUUAAUACGACCUGUAAAUUAACUGAUGCAAUGGAUUGGAAACCGAUUGGAAUGGAAAAAGAACAGACUUCAGUAGCGAAAGGACCGAUUAGAAAGUUAGAUACAGAAAAAGAUACAAACAAAUCAGGAGCUGAGUCUUCGAGAGUGAACAUUUUCAAAACUCGAAGGGCAAAAACUCCUGGAAAAGAAAUUUUAUUCUUUUCAUUGUGAAUAAAUAAAUAUUACCUAAUUUUUGGUAGAAAAAUAAUUAAUUUGUGUGAAAAUGCAUACCUAAAAAGCCUAAAGGCAGGAAAAUUGUUAUAAAAGAUAACUUUAUUAUUAGUCCAUAUGAAAGUUUGCAAGAAAAACUAGUGCAAAAGAAGGCUUAA